UUUCACUUCUUUUUAAACUGUUUAAAUUUCCCGCGCUUUGUACCACCUACCGCCUAGUGACAGAAACAAUUUUAUCCAUUCCCCUUCUCCUUCGCCGAUUAUCAAACUCAAACUAUACACACUAUACUUUACACACAUGAAACAAAAUAUGUAUAAUAAAAAUUAAGCCUCAAACGGCUUGUGAUUGCUUUGUUAUUCCUAAAAAUAUCAUAAACAAACCAUUGAUAAAAGUAACCACCAUAAUAUCAGUGUUAUAUAAAAAAAACAAUACUAAUUACCAAUAAAUGUGUGCCAAAAUUUAUCCUUCACCCUCAAGAGAAACGUGGUUUGAUAAAAUUACUCAAUCAUAACCAUACAAUUAAGUUAUUCCAGUGACAUUCGUAUCACCUCACAAUAAUUUAACCAACAAUAAAUUAAAUACACAAAAAGAACUCCAACAAUUUAACAAGUAGAAAACAAGAAAUUAUUUAAUUUGGAUUUAUUAUUAAAAAUAAUAAAUAAAUAAAAUAGCCACGGCUUUUACGGAGAUGGUGGGACUUGCGGGCGGGGGAGGACAUUUGUAUCCCUCGCCCCCGAUGCAGACUAAUAAUUCCGAGUUGAGAGAAAUGACGGGGAUCACACCAACGGCACCUACAAGCGCCGAUGCGUGUUUAAGUAUUGUCCAUUCGCUUAUGUGCCAUCGCCAGGGUGGUGAGAGCGAGGGAUUUAGUAAACGUGCCAUUGAAUCGCUAGUUAAAAAAUUGAAGGAAAAAAGAGAUGAAUUGGACAGUUUGAUAACAGCAAUAACAACAAACGGCGCUCAUCCAAGUAAAUGCGUGACUAUCCAAAGGACACUUGAUGGUCGUCUUCAAGUAGCAGGACGCAAAGGUUUUCCACACGUAAUCUACGCCCGGAUCUGGCGAUGGCCGGACCUGCACAAAAACGAACUGAAACACGUAAAAUAUUGUCAGUUUGCAUUCGACUUAAAGUGCGACUCCGUUUGCGUGAACCCUUACCACUACGAGCGUGUUGUUUCACCAGGAAUCGACCCGUUCUUUACAGAUUUAUCAGGUCUGACUCUGCAAUCUGGGGUCGGAGUGGGCCCUGGUGGCCGACUGGUCAAAGAUGAAUACAGCGUUGGCGGUGGAACCGUCACGGUUCCAGGGGUUCCGAGUGGUGGCGCUGUAUCCGGAACCGGUUCCUCGGCUUCUGGUUCCUCGAGCGUCGGUGGCUCCACCGGUAUGGACGUAGACGGAGAGAUUAACCAGAUACAGCACCAUUCUCAGUCCUCGCAGUCCACCAACAGUAAUUCGCAGUCCUCGCAAUUUAUCACUGGUCUUCCGUCUAAUCCAACAAAUGAAAAUAUUUACCCUAGAGCUGGUGUAGUAGGUACUGUUCCUGGAACUGCUGGCAAUGUCAGCGGGCAACAACAGCAGCAACAGCUUAAUCGUAGUAAUGCUAAAUUGGAUGAUAGUAAUUGUCCUCCGACGAGACUUACUUGGACACCUUCUCCCCAUCAUAUUAAUUCGCGGUCUUUACAUCAUCCCGUAGUUCAUCAAAUGGGACACCCAGUGUCUCAACAACAGCAAUCAUUAACCGGUGGUUCAGCGCCUGGCGCUCCGAUUCUAAGUCCAACACAAGCUCAAUCAUCAGACCAAUUUUACAGCACCAACACUCCACCUCAGGAUUUAAAUUCAGCUGCUCCAGCAGUUGAUGCUCUAACUGCGUCUCUUGGCGGAACACAAAGUUCUCCUGUAUCUCCAGCACACUUGCACCAUCAGAAUGGGUUUGCUGUUGCUUCUGGAGCUAAUCCUUACAAUCAUGGUGGUCCUCAGUGGACUGGAGCGAAUACUUUGACUUAUACUCAGAGUAUGCAGCCACCAGAUCAUCGACAUCUUCACCAGACUUAUAAUUGGCAUGGAAGUGAAGUUGGCGGGACUAUGAGUGGAUUAUUAUCAACCCAACCAGCUCCAGAGUACUGGUGCUCAGUAGGGUACUUUGAAUUGGACACACAAGUAGGAGAGACAUUCAAAGUGAGCAGUGGGUGUCCAACAGUAACUGUGGAUGGUUACGUUGAUCCUAGUGGUGGUAAUCGUUUUUGCUUGGGCGCGCUGAGUAAUGUGCAUCGUACUGAACAAAGUGAACGUGCUCGGCUUCAUAUAGGUAAAGGAGUAGUUCUAGACUUACGCGGUGAAGGCGAUGUAUGGCUCAGAUGCCAGAGCGAGCACAGUGUCUUUGUCCAAUCAUAUUACCUAGACCGGGAGGCUGGACGUGCACCUGGUGACGCAGUUCACAAAAUCUACCCACAAGCUUACAUUAAAGUCUUUGAUUUAAGGCAGUGCCAUAAGCAAAUGAGAGCUCAAGCUUCUACUGCUCAAGCCGCUGCUGCUGCUCAAGCUGCUGCUGUCGCUGGACAUUUGACUCAUGGCCAGCCAAUUACUAAAAGUUUAAGUGCAGCAGCAGGAAUAGGUGUUGAUGAUUUAAGAAGACUUUGUAUUCUACGACUGAGCUUUGUCAAGGGUUGGGGUCCUGAUUAUCCUCGACAAAGCAUCAAAGAGACACCUUGCUGGAUUGAAGUACAUUUACACCGAGCAUUACAAUUACUCGACGAAGUGCUUCACACAAUGCCAAUCGACGGACCACGAGGUAUCGAAUAAUAAAUUUAAAUUUCUUCAAUUAUUUUAAUUAAUUUAAGAAAUAUUUUUUAGUACUAAAAUCUGUUAUUACUUUUUAAAAAAAAAAUUACGAACAAAAUAAUAUAAUUUGAAAUAUCGUCUCAUUAAUUUAAAUAGUAGAUGCAAAUAUAUAUUUUGGUUAAGCUAAAAGUAAAUAACCUUGUUCACUAAUUAAUGAGUAAUUAUAAUAAUGAUACUGAUAAAAAAAAAAAAAAAGAAUUUAUUGGUAAAAUAUAUGGCGCCAUGGCCUUGCUCUCAGACACAACGUACAAAAAAAUUAUCAGGUUAAAAAAAAACUAAU